GGAUUUAACCAGAGACCAAGUGGCUCGGGUCUUUUCAAACUAUAUACACGUGUCGACAGGAGAGAGGGCACCGGAACACCCCAGAGCCAAUCUGACUGCACCCGAGCCGACUCAAGCGAAGGCUGGAAGCCCCGCUCCGACCACCACCAUCAAAAUUUAAUAUUAAUAGCAUUGUUUGUAUUAUUAUAUUUUGCUCGGAUCAAUCACUCUGUGUCAAUCCAAGGAGGCUGAUCGGAUCUCCAAAACCCUAGCCUACAGUCCCAUGGCGACAAGGAAAGGUCGCGAGGGCGAGAUGCUCGAAUCAGUCUACUCCGUCAUCGCACUUGUCUUCGUGCUCGUCGCCUGCGUCGAGCUCUGCGACGCUGCCACUGUCGUCGAUGUCUAUCGCCUCAUUCAAUACGAUCUCGCCGGCGUUCCCUUCGGAUCUCGCCUCGCCAACCUCAACCACCACGCCGCCUCCGGCUUUGCUCCUGCCGCAGAUCUCUCCCGGACUGUGGUUAUCGUCCCCGUCAGGGACAUUAACAUCACUUUCAUCGGAGACUAUAUUACACAGAAACAGCCUCUGGGGGGUCUAUUAUUUUUGCUUCCUCGGAUGAUUAGUUCUGAAAACAGAGAUGACAUGGGGAGAGGUGACCAAACUUUUGAAGAAAAGCUUAUGAGGAACAUGUUGGGGGAACUUGAACAGUUACUAAUCCAUGCCAGUAUACCUUAUCCUGUGUAUUUUGCUUUUGAGGAUGACAAUAUUGAUGAUGUGUUGACCGACAUCAAGAGGAAUGAUGCUACUAGUCAGCCUGCUACUGCAACUACUGGCGGAUACAAGCUUGUUGUCUCAGCACCAGAACCUAAGAAAAUUGUAUCUCCUACCAUCACAAACAUUCAGGGAUGGUUGCCAGGUUUGAAAGUUGAUGGAGAUGCAAACCAACUGCCAACCAUUGCUAUAGUAGCGUCAUAUGACACAUUUGGGGCUGCCCCAGCAUUGUCAGUGGGAAGUGAUAGCAAUGGAAGUGGAGUUGUGGCACUUCUUGAGAUAGCUAGGUUAUUCUCUCUACUUUAUUCAAAUCCUAAGACAAGAGGAAGGUACAAUUUACUUUUUGGACUAACGUCGGGUGGACCUUAUAACUACAAUGGAACACAUAAGUGGCUUCGAAGUUUUGAUCAACGUUUGCGUGAGAGUAUUGACUAUGCAAUCUGCUUGAAUAGCAUUGGUUCAUGGGAUAAUGAACUAUGGAUUCAUGUGUCUAAGCCUCCAGAAAAUGCCUACAUAAAGCAAAUGUUUGAAGGGUUUGCAGAAGUAGCAGAAGAACUGGGGCUUAAAGUUGGCUUGAAGCACAAGAAAAUAAAUAUUUCUAAUCCUCGAGUAGCUUGGGAGCAUGAACAGUUUUCAAGGCUAAGAGUUACUGCUGCCACCCUUUCUGAACUCUCUGUUGCGCCUGAACUGUUAGAAAGAACUGGCGGUCUGUCUGAUAGCAGACACUUUUUGAAUGAAGCUGCAAUUAUCAGAAGUAUAAAGUUAGUUGCUGAGAGUCUUGCGAGGCACAUCUAUGGCCAUGAGGGAAAGAACAUUCAAAUUUUUGCAGAUGACAGUAGCUUGGCUGUUAACCCUUCUUACAUUCAAUCGUGGUUGCAUCUGUUGUCACGGACACCUCGAGUGGCACCAUUUUGCUCAAAGAAUGACCCAUUUAUCCUGGCACUGAAAAAGGAAUUAGCAGAUCAUACUGUUGAGGUGAACGUGCAACAUGAGGUGCUUGAUGGGAUGUUCACUUUCUAUGAUUCUACAAAGGCCAGACUUAACAUUUACCAGGUUGCUAGUGUAACAUUUGACUUAUUGUUGCUCCUAGUGCUGGGAUCAUAUUUGAUAGUGCUCUUCAGCUUUCUUGUCAUCACAACUAGGGGUCUGGAUGAUCUCAUCAGCCUAUUCCGCCGACCUCCCUCUCGGAAGCUGAAAACAGCUUGAUGACUGAUGCAGAAUAGUUUGUCAGAGCCAUUUGUCUUUUAGUGCUGAAAAUUCUCUCACGUAGCUUAGACUGAAAACACCAUGGAUGAGUUUGUUGGCGGUUUCUUGUUGUGUUGGUUAGUUCCGUGUCACAGGGAAUCAUUUUAGUGACUAGUUCCUGCUUCCUAGGAUAAUUUAUUGUUAAGGAUGAGAAAAAUCAAAGGUGCCCAAAAAAUUUUGUUUUAAGAAUCAACCAUUUAUUCAUCCGAUACUGCUGCCAGCAUUUUUACGGAGUGGAAAGUGAGAUGAGAACGAGAGCUGUGUUUUUAUGUGUCUUAUGAUAAGAGAUAAGUGUCAAAGUUGUGGACAGACAAUGGCAGAGGUUGUGGUAACAUAAGUUCUGAUGUUAUAUGUUCAAUAAA